CCUGAAGGUCCUGACGAAAUAAACAAAUUGGGGUCCUUCUUCAAUGCUAGCUAUCGAAGCGGCAUCUACGAGUUGCAUUGUCCUGUACAGCUGUUAUGGUUACGUUGAAAUACAUAAAGGUUUAUGAAAGAUAAACGUUGCUGAAGUGAUGUUGAUGUUCUAGUAUUCAGGCCCAGACCAGACGACGCCCGCCGGACUCGCACGUUGUCUCAAACACUCAAAGCUUUUGUUUUUCCAGCGGUUGUACGCGAUCUGCAUAGCUAACGGUGUUGAGAAAACAAGCUAGGUAGCCCACAGUGUUCCCCAAAAACCAUCCACACCGGGGAUUAACUCAUCCGGGUUCGGUCAAAUAAAACAACGAGGGAGGCGUUAAUGAGCUGCAAUGUCUGGCAUUGCUCUUAGCAGAUUGUCUCAGGAGCGCAAAGCCUGGAGGAAAGACCACCCCUUCGGAUUUGUUGCUGUGCCCACUAAAAACCCAGAUGGCACCAUGAAUCUGAUGAACUGGGAGUGCGCCAUCCCCGGGAAGAAAGGAACCUUGUGGGAAGGGGGCUUGUACAAGCUGAGGAUGCUGUUCAAAGACGACUACCCGUCCUCCCCUCCCAAGUGCAAGUUCGAGCCUCCUAUAUUCCACCCCAAUGUGUACCCGUCAGGCACCGUCUGUCUGUCCAUCCUGGAGGAAGACAAGGACUGGAGGCCGGCCAUCACCAUCAAGCAGAUCCUACUGGGCAUCCAGGAGCUUCUGAACGAACCCAACAUCCAGGACCCAGCCCAGGCAGAGGCCUACACCAUCUACUGCCAGAACAGGAUGGACUACGAGAAGAGGGUGAGGGCGCAGGCCAAGAAGUUCGCCCCCACAUAGAGCCCCCCCCCCCCCCCCAACCCCCCCGGCCGGCCGGCCCACCCAGCAGAGGGGGGGCCAAACUCCAAGGACCACUCCAAAAAGAACCACCUUUUAAUCCAUUUUACUAUUCUACAGGACUCACGUUAAACUUCUUCUUUUCUGCCCAUCAUGUCUUCUUGGUCCGUGGACGAGGAAUGUUCAAACGUCUUGAUCGUUUUUUUUGUAUUUAGCUCCUCCCACUGGACUUAGACAUGAAUGCACCCCCACCAUACCGCUUCGAUUUGCCCUGAUUUCCUGUGCGGCCGUAGGCCUGCGUUCAGCCCCUUGUGUCCAAAGGCACCAGGACGGGCCCUGCUGCCUAUUGUAUUGUUAAAAAUAAAACAUCAGUAGCCUUUUAGUUCCCUCUGAGUCUGUUACUCCUGACCGGAUCGCUCCGGUCGGCGCUCCCUCUCUCGCUGAGUCUGUUACUCCUGACCGGAUCGCUCCGGUCGGCGCUCCGGUCGGCGCUCCCUCUCUCGCUGAGGCUUUGUUCUUGUUUUUCGACGGUCCUUUUCUUACACUCAGCCCGAUGGACAGAGGCGUUGGCUCCAGGAGGCGUUGGCUCGGCGAUGGCUCCAGGAGGCGAUGGGCGGUAUGCCCACGCUGCAGAGCGACCCAGCGUAGGGGCGGAGCCGUACCAGGGAACCCUCUUGUUUUAGUGUUUAGCUCCUCCCUCAGUCUUCAUUUGGCCCCGCCCCCUUAAGGAAGGUUCCCCCCUUAAUCAUUUCACAGAAAACUGCGUUUCACUUAAGUCUGCUAAUUUGAUAACAAUAAGGUCAUCAUUACGAUUGAAGUCCGAAUGAAAGUGCCCUUGGGCUCCAGUUGAUCCCUGAGGGCUAACCAUCCCAGGGAUCAUUAAGCCCCGGGCGGAGUGCUAGAGGUUGUUGAUCCCUGUGGGCUAACCAUCCCAGGGAUCAUUAAGCCCCGGGCGGGGUGCUAGAGGUUGUUGAUCCCUGUGGGUUAACCGUCCCAGGGAUCACUAAGCCCCGGGCGGGGCUCUAGAGCUACGCAGAGUCUCCUCAUUGGGCGGCCUGUCUUACGCUCGGCCGCGUGUACAUAGCAUCUGUCUCCUUUCCGUUCCUCAAUGUCCCAUCCAGCCUCCGUUCCUCAAUGUUCUCGUUUGAUUGGCUGGCGGGGGGUCCACCAGGUGAGAGGGGGCGGGCUCACAGCCUAAGAGGGGCUUUAAAAACAGGUUUGCUUUGCCUCUGAAGAAAUGAGUGCAUGUACAUAAUAUAAAUACGGAAAACUGUGGAGGUUAUGUUUUAUAUCGUUUUAGCCAGUUGACAUUUGUGUGUGGUAUUAAAAGCAAAUGAACACAGUUAAUGUAAUAUUAAGAAAUUGAAUAAAAGACUUAAAAUCAGCCCUUCAUCUUUUUUAAUUUCGGUUACUUGGUUUUAAAUUGUCCAGUGUGUGUGUUAUGAACUGCAAUGCCCAACGGAUCCAGGCACGAGGCCUGUAGCGUGUCAUCAGCCCAACGCUCGGAACGGCCUCACAGGGAUCCUGUUUCUCUCGUCCCUUGAGGCGCGCUGUGGCUGUUAACCAUCAGAAGGAGGUUUGACUUCAGCCUGACUGAAGACGUGUAGAGGAUGUUUGGACAUUCACCCUGACAGGACUGGUUGUUUAUGCGUCGGGCGUGUUUGUGGUGGUGACUCUUUCCUGUGAGCUGAAAGAAAUGGUAAUAAUGAAAGAUGUUUGUGUGACGGUUUUUCACACCUUUUUAACGCUUGUGGUUUUUAACACCUUAUCACCUCGAUAAGCCACCAAGAGAAGGAAGCAACAGAGGUACGAUCAGGUUGUUGGGGAAACGUUUCUGUCAAUCAAUGGGCUGAAUAAAAGAAGAAGAACCUUAAGGACCUGGCCCGUGGUGAACUUUUAAGGACCUAUCACAAACGGGCCUAUUUGUUGUAGGAUUGGUCUUCUCGGAGGAGUUGAAUCAUGUGACUUGUUUCCACCCUAUCCCUCUGUGCUCGGAUACUAUUUCAGAACAGGCUUCAGCGUGGGCUCGUUGCAGGCAAACGAAGCUCAGGGGUAUAAUGCUAAACGCGAAACAAAACCUUCAGCAAUAUGUACUCUUUGAAAGCUCAUAUUAAUAAAUCAAUAUCCAGCGCUGUGCAA